UUAUUGAGAUCAAUUCUUCGGUUGUUUUGGAUAUUAAUAAAAGAAACAAUGACGAUGAUGAUGAACAACAACAACAAUGUAAGUAGUAAUGGACAGCAAAACUUGGGUGACACAACGUUGACAAAAGUGUUCGUGGGAGGGUUAGCAUGGGAGACUCCGAAAGAAGCCAUGAGGGAGCAUUUUGACAAAUACGGCGAGAUCUUGGAGGCUGUCAUCAUCUCUGACAAAGUCACCGGCAGAUCCAAGGGCUAUGGCUUUGUAACGUUUAAGGAUGCAGAAGCGGCAAAGAAGGCUUGUGAGGAUGCCACCCCAGUCAUCAACGGCCGGCGUGCCAAUUGUAAUCUGGCUUCCCUCGGCGCAAGACGUCCAAGGCCUUCCUCUAAUAUGCCUCCUCCUCCUCCUCCUCCCCAACUCCAAGGUGGCAAUGUUGUUGGAGUUGGACCAAGAGGAGGUAAUACAGCUGCUGCAGCACCUGCAAAUCACUUGCCAUGGUAUUAUCCAGGUGGAGCACCACAGCCAGGUGCUCCUGCUGCAGCACCAUUUCAUCAUCACCAUCAAGCUGUUCCAAUCUAUGGGUACUCUCCGACCUAUAUUGCCACAGACAUGAGUUACAGCCAUAAGCUAAGCUACACUGGGGGGUCCUACAUGAACGGGCAUUUCUCACAAGUGUACCCUGGUCAACCAAUGGUGGGAGCAAAUGCAUUGAUGCCCAUGUACCCUCUCUACCAUUUCCAUCAAACCCAGACAAUGGGCCUUCCUGCUCACAUGUACUCUCCGACCGCACCUGCCCCAAUGGCUUCUGCUCCGGCCUUGACAUCAAAGCCCACAUCCAUUUCUCCCAGCACAGUUUGCUUGGCUGUGGAAUAAUAGGUACAGUUGGCAAAAGCACUGGAGCUCUAAAACAAAGUGGGGAUAAAGAGCAGUUAGAGAUGAAAAUAACAGGAGGAGGAGAAGGUGGUGGCUGCUGGUCAGAACAACAUUAUUUGCAGUCUCUGCAGUGGCUCUCUUCUUUUCCAUUUCAUUUAUUUUUUUUUCUAUCUUAAAAAAAAAUUAUUCUUAGGCAUCUAAUUGUAUUCAUUCAUUCUCUCUUCCUCUAACAAGCAUGAUGUAUCUCAAAUUGAGCUGGAAGCAACUGCAAAAAACAAGCAUUAAUUACUGUAACAAGGGUUAUCCAUUUCUCA